UCUGAUCGGUGCAACUCAUCGCAUAAGAAUACCAAAUUCUUGAAAGGCAUUAGUGUGUUCAGCAUGGCUUCGAUAUUCACCUUUGAUCCGAACCCACCUCGGGUUUCCAGUCCAUGGGCGGCGGUCACGUCAGGAUCCUCUUCCCAUGACUCCAUUUCUGAAGAUCACACAAUUACCCAGAGAUAUAAAACCUCCAAUAAAGCCGGCGACGACUCCGCAGAGGCUGAGCUACCUAUAGUCGACCACACUACCCUGACCAGGAUCGAAGCCGAACCUCAGGAGGGCCCUGUGGAAUACAAACUUCAUUUGCUACUUCGCAAGCGAAGAUCUUUCCUUCGUUCUAGCACCAAUCGACAUGUAUCAGGGUCUCUACGGCGCAGCGAUCUAACGAAAUCAGGCCCUGUGAGUCGUAGUAUAUCUGAGUCCAACCUUCUGGGUCCUGCGCCUCCACCUCUGAGCGCUACUCAAUCAAGGUAUCACCGUUUAGAGCAGCUUACCACUCAGAUGCUGUGGCGGUUACAGCAAUCUUCUCCUCACCAUACAUCAUCUUCCAAUGAUGGUGUGAUCGUCCAAAUUCCAGAUGAGUCGCAACUAUCUGGGCCCGUUGUGCCUGAACGACUAUAUCCUGGCUUAGAGGAAAGCAAUGGUGCGCUUUACGAGAUAGGCGUGGCUGACAACGGUGAACUUGUUGGUCUUGCCGAUGACGAGAUGGAGGAGUCUCUGAACAAUUUGCGCGCCAUGGCUGCGAGUUUAGGUUGCCGGGUAGAACUCAAGCGUAUGUUUGUGGUUGGUGAAUGUGAAUGGAUUGAGCAUUCCGGUACGUCGCAGAAACGACUCAAAAAAUCCGACCUGUUAGUCGCCGAGGCCUUCAUUCGCCCUGAUCAGCACUUUGAACGGAGGCAUAAGUCUUCGAGGUCUGCUGAAGUGCUAGGUUCCGUGGGUUAUAUUUCUCAAUCGACUAAUGUCUUAACGGAGACGACGCAAGCCUCCCAACAACUAAGAAUCUCAUUGACUGGUGCAACAAUGUCUGGAAAGUCCAGUCUUCUCGGGACACUGUCUACUGGGACUCUCGACAACGGCCGGGGGAAAUCUCGCUUGAACCUGCUCAAGCAUAGACAUGAAAUAGAAUCGGGGGGUAUCACGAGCUCCAUUACUCAAGAGUUAAUCGGAUAUCACGAUGUUCUCGAUGAAGAAGGGACGCGGAUCGCGACAAAGGUGAUCAACUAUGCGAAUGCUUCUUCAUGGGUUGAUAUACAUGCUUCUGCUGAGGCGUCGACCGAGGGAAGACUGGUUUUCUUAACUGAUUCAGCCGGGCAUCCUCGUUUUCGCAGAACCACUGUCCGAGGUUUAGUGGGUUGGGAUCCGCAUUACACCCUCCUGUGCAUUCCUGCAGACAAUUCAGAAAGCUCUUCUGGCAAAAUCGGCGCAUCACCAUCCACGAAAGAGAUCUUGGGUGCCGGUGUGGGAGAUUUAGACCUUUCACAUGAACAUCUCCAACUCUGUCUCGCGCUGGAACUUCCACUGGUGGUCGUCAUUACUAAAUAUGACCUUGCAUCACUAGCUGGGCUGAGAGAUGUUCUCUCAAGCAUACGUACUGCUUUGAAUGAGGCUGGGAGGAAGAUGGCUCUCAUUGCUGAUCCAUCUAAUUCGACGAUUGAAGCUGCUCUUUCCGAAAUACCCAGCACCGAUCUCGCACAAGCAAUUGAGAAGAUAGGGGCCCUCCAUGCAUCGCCUACGACAGUAGUUCCCAUUGUCUUGACCAGUGCUGUGAAAGGUACCGGUUUGAGCAAGCUUCACGCAAUUCUCCGAGAGCUACCUGUGCCAUCACCCACAACUGCGCCCCAGGGCUUCCCCAAUACUGUGUUCGACAUCGAAGACUUAUAUAGCAAAAAAGGCUCACGAUAUACACCUGAUGAAUCAACAAUUGUCGGAGGUCAUUUACGAUAUGGAACUUUGAAGAUUGGAGACGAGCUUCUCCUAGGCCCAUACCCCAUAGAGCUCACAACCGACGACAGUGACUCUGGAAGUGGCAGGCCUUCUGCACGGAACUCCCCUGUCCCAACAUCCCGUUCAUUUCCUGGUGCACUUCACAAACGAUCUAUGAGAUCCAAUUCACACGGCCAAAUCAGCUCAGCAGCGCGUUCUGUCUCGUCCGUUGAAUGGCGACGCGUAUGCAUCACUUCCAUAAGGAAUCUCCGGCAGCCAGUGCAUGCGCUUGAUGCUGGACAAGUAGGAACUGUGGGAGUGAUAUCAGUGGACAAGCAGGUUCCCAUCUCGAGCCCUUCCAUCCAUCGGAUCCGCAAAGGAAUGGUUUUGGUCAAUGGGGAACCGAAAGCAUCCAGAGUUCUAUGCGUGCGGUUCGUGGGGAGAAGUAUUCAAGCCGCGAGUACUCUGAGUAUCGGAAGCGCCGUGGUAAUCUAUACGGCUAGUGUUCGUGCUUCGUCAAAAGUAAUAUCGAUCGCUCAAGAAGGACAACCCCCGACCACAGGUAUUCUGCCUAACGGGGACGAGAAUGACGAUGAAGGUUUUGGUUUUGGGUUGGAUCUUGACGGUGAUGAUGGUAUCAUGGACAGUGCGUCUGAAAGUCAAUCAGGGAAGGACGCAGCUACCGUCGUUACAUUCCAAUUUAUUGCUUCAAGAGAGCUCGUGGAGGCGAAUGCAAAGGUCUUGAUCAUGCCAGGGGGUGGACCGGGUCUCAUUGGCAGUACGGAAAGGGGAGAGAAGGGGAUGGCAGGGUUGGAGGGUUUCGUCGGUCAUGUCGUUCUCGAGGAAUCCUGA